UGCUGGGAAGGACGAAGAGCUGCCUUGCCGGGCUGCGGGCCUCGGCCUGUCUCUGGCUGCUCCAGCCUUCGGGCGGUGCGGAGGGACGGCGGGCUGAACCUGGUGCGUGCCUGGUGAAGGAUGAGCGAACGCCUGGAUGUGCGUUUAUGGAACGCGAGCAAGGACGUGUGGGGCGAACGCUGGAGCAAAGCCCCGCAGAUGGGUGCCGUGGUUCCCCGUUUCUGGAGAACGUACCACGCUCCGCGGCCGAAAGUCGCUUGUGCCCCUGGGAGAGGCUGCGCUUGGAGACGGGCGAGGAAGGGCCCGGGGGCUCGGCUCCCCCUCCGGGGAUACCUGGCUGCCGGGUUGGAGGCAGGAGCUGGUUUCCCGGCGGGGAAAUACCCGCUUCUGCUUCUGUUCCCCGGAGGCUCCGUGCCUUGGGAAAGAUGUCGAACCGUGCGGUGCCGAGCCGCGGCGUUUGCUCCACGUGUUCCUGCUGCCUUUUGUUUCUCCUGCUGCCCUCCGUCGCUUGCGGGAGGUGCCUGCCCCGCUCCGCCUGCCCCCUGCUCCGGCUGCCCCUUCCGCCGUUCCCUCCCGUCGGCUCUCCGUGCCUCUCUUCCCCGGCGGUUUAAGCUGAUGCCAGGCGGGUUGGUUUUCCUCAGGGCGGGGGUCCGUGGGACCGCAGCAGGGCUGAGUUCAGGGAGUGUGUUGGGUCUCUCUUUGAGAGAUCUCCUGGGGGCAGGCAGGUGGAGGGGCACAGCUGGGACCGUGGCAUCCCUCGCGGAGCCACUGCCUUUUAGCCAACCAUCUCUCCAAAACUGCUGGUCUUACACUAACCACUUGUAAUUUUUGUUGUUGGUUUUUUCCCCUACAAUCUCUUGAAUUUGCUUGAUCUCUUCUGCAAAGGGCUCCCUCUCCCCACCGCCAGUUUUUGAGCCAGCAGAGUGCUUUGCACACCCCGCUGCCGAGCGUCCCCCUGCAAGGGCCGGAAUUUUACCCAAGCACCUGGGCCCCUUGUUUCCUCUCGGGGAAAUCCCCUGCAGAGCUGCCUCUGCAGCAGCCUUCUGUGCACUGAGGUCUUUUGCAAAUUGUGCAGAAGAAACUCAAGGGAGGCCCAGACCAAGUCGUUAGCUGGGUGCAAUUUCCACUAUAACCACCUUUUUGUUUUGUUUUUUCGAGUGAAGAGCUCUGAAUGAGAGGGCGAUGCUCAGUUUGUGGCACAGGGCAGGCACCCAGGCCCUGCACGACCAGCACGGGCUCGCCUUUUGCUUCCAACUGGAACUGAGCAGUUUCUGUUAUCUGGCUGUGCAACGGGAAAGCGAAUCGGUCUCUCCUUUUUCCAUAGUUUGUUUAGGAAACUAUGGUCUAGAGAUAGGUGAGCUGGGAGAAGUUGUCUAAACAAGGUCUGUCUCGCCUGGAGGUUUCAUUUCCCACACAGAGAGAAGUUGUGCUCAACUCCAUGUGAUGGAGGAGAUCUACUCAUUGCUUGCAUGGUUGUCCUAAAGCUUGAGCCAGCUCUGCACUCUUCCAUGUGCCCCAGUGCCUUGUGCCCCCAAGCCUUUGUCUUAGGGACAGAACCAUGAGGAGUCCUCCAGGAAAACUCCAAACACGAGCCCAGAGGUGACCACCUUUCGGUGCCAGAGGUGCGCGUGACUUGCAGACACGACCCCAAGGUGACUGCUGUGUGGCUGCGGUGCUGUGAGGGGAACCAGGAAAUCUGAAUCCUGGCUUGUGGGAAGAGUCCAGCUGGAAAUAUAAAUGUCCUCUUACAGUUUUCGUUGAUGGUUAGUUCUAUUUGGGGCUCCCAGCUCUCCUAGUCCAACACUGUGGUCUUCAGAGCCCUUUCCUCUUCCUUCCUGCUCAUGCACGAAGCGCUCUGCUGUUGUUUUCAGCUCGGAGAUCUCCCUCCCCAUUGUCACCCAUGUUUGAUGGCAAAGUCCCUCACUGGCACCACUACAGCUGCUUCUGGAAGCGGGCUCGAAUCGUGUCCCACCUGGACAUCGAUGGCUUCCCUGAGCUCCGGUGGGAAGAUCAGGAGAAAAUCAAGAAAGCCAUUGAAACUGGAGGCCCCGGAGGAGGAAAAGGAGGGGAACAGGAAGGAGGUGGCAAGGCUGAGAAGAGCCUAAAUGACUUUGCUGCAGAAUAUGCCAAGUCUAACAGAAGUACUUGCAAAGGCUGUGAGCAGAAAAUAGAAAAGGGUCAGAUCCGGAUUUCCAAGAAGAUGGUGCAUCCUGAAAAGCCGCAGCUGGGAAUGAUAGAUAACUGGUACCACCCGGACUGCUUUGUGAGCCGCCGAGCAGAGCUGGGCUUUCUCCCGCAGUAUGGGGCUGCCCAGCUCCUGGGCUUCAGCAUCUUGAAAGCUGAAGAUAAAGAAACUCUGAAGAAGCAGCUCCCGGCUACCAAGAGUGAAGGAAAGAGAAAAGGAGAAGAGGUAGAUGGAAAUGUGACUGCGAAAAAGAAACAGAAAAAAGAAAAAGAGAAAGAAUCAAAGCAGGAAAAACAGCUGAAGGAGCAGACAGAGCUGAUCUGGGGCAUCAAGGAUGAGCUGAGGAAGGUCUGCUCCACUAACGACCUGAAAGAGCUGCUGAUUGCCAACAAGCAGGAAGUUCCUUCAGGGGAGAAUGCCAUUUUGGACCGAGUAGCAGAUGGGAUGGCAUUUGGAGCUCUGCUUCCCUGCGAGGAGUGUAAGGGGCAGUUUGUGUUCAAGAGUGACGCAUAUUACUGUUCAGGGGAUAUUACUGCCUGGACUAAGUGCGUUGCUAAAACGCAGACUCCCAACAGGAAAGACUGGGUAAUCCCCAAGGAGUUUCGGGAAAUUCCCUACCUGAAGAAAUUUAAGUGUAAGAAGCAGGACAGGGUAUUCCCUCCAGAUGCUGCGGCUGUGAACUCUGCGCCUCCUCCCUCCGCAUCUGCUCCUUUGACAGAGACCGCGUCUGCGCCUAAGGACAAACCACUGACCAACAUGAAGAUCCUGGUUCUUGGAAAGCUGUCGAAGACCAAGGAGGAGGUGAAGAGCAUUGUGGAGGACCUGGGAGGAAAGAUGACGACAACAGCUAACAAGGCCACCCUGUGCAUCAGCACACAGAAGGAUGUGGAGAAAAUGAGCAAGAAGAUGGAAGAAGUGAAGGAGGCCAAAGUCCGUGUGGUCUCAGAGGAGUUUCUUCAGGACGUGAAAACUUCCAGCAAGGACUUUCAGGAGCUUGUGUCUCUCCAUGCGGUUUCACCUUGGGGUGCAGAGGUGAAAAUGGAGCACGAGGAAAUGGCUGUGGAUGGGAAGUGCAGCAAGCCCUCAAGUAUGAAGAGUGCUGGGAAGGUCAAAGAAGAACAAGGACCUAGCAAGUCUGAAAAGAAAAUGAAGCUAACAGUUAAGGGUGGAGCGGCAGUAGAUCCUGAUUCUGGUUUGGAGGAUUCUGCUCAUGUCUUUGAAAAAGGUGGAAAGAUUUUCAGUGCAACUCUGGGCCUCGUAGAUAUUGUGAAAGGAACAAAUUCCUAUUAUAAGCUGCAGCUGCUAGAGGAUGACAGAGAGAACAGAUACUGGGUGUUCAGAUCUUGGGGUCGUGUGGGCACUGUAAUCGGGAGUAACAAGCUGGAGCAGAUGCCAUCAAAAGAAGAUGCUGUUGAACACUUCCUGAAUUUGUAUGAAGAGAAAACUGGCAAUUCUUGGCAUUCAAAGAACUUCACUAAAUAUCCCAAAAAAUUCUACCCGCUGGAAAUAGAUUAUGGACAGGAUGAAGAAGCUGUCAGGAAACUGACAGUGGGUGCCGGGACUAAGUCAAAACUUGCGAAGCCAAUCCAAGAUCUCAUUAAGAUGAUCUUUGAUGUGGAGAGCAUGAAGAAAGCAAUGGUGGAAUUUGAGAUUGACCUGCAGAAGAUGCCAUUGGGAAAACUGAGCAAGCGGCAGAUCCAGAGCGCAUACUCCAUCCUUAACGAGGUUCAGCAGGCAGUUUCAGACAGUGGUUCAGAAUCCCAGAUCUUGGACCUCUCCAACCGCUUCUAUACUCUGAUUCCUCAUGACUUUGGGAUGAAGAAACCACCUCUCCUAAAUAACUUGGAAUAUAUUCAGGCUAAAGUGCAGAUGUUGGACAACUUGCUUGAUAUCGAGGUUGCUUACAGCCUUCUCAGAGGUGGAAACGAAGAUGGAGAUAAAGACCCAAUUGACAUCAACUAUGAAAAACUUCGAACUGAUAUUAAGGUUGUUGACAAAGAUUCAGAAGAAGCCAAGAUUAUUAAACAAUAUGUGAAAAAUACUCAUGCUGCUACUCACAACGCAUAUGAUCUCAAAGUCGUGGAUAUCUUCAGGAUUGAGCGUGAAGGAGAGAGUCAGCGUUACAAGCCAUUUAAGCAGCUUCAUAAUCGCCAGCUGCUGUGGCAUGGUUCCCGCACCACCAACUUCGCCGGUAUCCUCUCACAGGGUCUCCGGAUAGCUCCCCCUGAAGCUCCUGUGACCGGCUACAUGUUUGGGAAGGGCAUCUAUUUUGCAGAUAUGGUAUCCAAGAGUGCCAACUACUGUCACACAUCUCAAACUGAUCCCAUAGGCUUAGUACUACUGGGAGAAGUUGCCCUUGGAAAUAUGUAUGAGCUAAAGAAUGCUUCUCACAUAACAAAGUUGCCCAAGGGAAAACACAGUGUGAAAGGCUUGGGCAAAACUGCACCUGAUCCCACAGCCACUACCACCCUUGGUGGUGUAGAGGUUCCCUUAGGGAACGGGAUCUCAACAGGAAUUAAUGAUACCUGUCUUCUGUAUAAUGAAUAUAUUGUGUAUGAUGUUGCUCAGGUAAAUCUGAAGUACCUGCUGAAACUGAAAUUCAACUAUAAGACAUCACUCUGGUGAACAGUAUUUAGAAGCCCUGUUAGAGUUAUACUGUAGUUACACUAUAGCGUUGACUUCUGACAUGCUUAUGCAUUGACUUCUCUUACCAAGAUAUCAAGAGCUAAACUGCAGAAGAGGUUACUAAAUCCUAUUUAGUACAACACUUAGUGAAAGUUUUAUAUAAAUGUGUGGCAACACAUGGACCUGAAUUCUGAUGAGAACGAGUACCUGGGUUUUGUUUUAUACCACUUCUAAUUUUGGGGCUUUCAAGUGUUUCUUUUAAUUGACCAAACUGACGAAAAAAAAAAGUAAAAUCAAGCUUGUGUUUUUAGCCAGAGCUGGGCAAUAGCAGGAGAAGGAACUUGAUGAUCUUUCUGAUAUUUGCUCUGUUAAAGUUCCCUCUUGUUUAAGAUACCCGUUUUCAUUUGAAUAAAUGAUAAAUGUGCAUUUAUUUUGAGGUAAAAAAUAAAAGCUAAUUUCAUACUAACAGCUUUAUGUUUCAAAACUUCCAAAUUGUUUUGGUUUUGAGUCAUGAUUUAAAUGUAUUUGGUAGAAUGUUCUUAAACACGAUAUCUCUCUCUGAAGAUCAGAUGCCAAAUAUUGAAAUCUGUAGUCACGUUUCAGGAAGUCAUGGUGAAAUGAAAAUUUGGACUUUCCACUGAGACUUCAUCUGUCAACAGUUGGUGUGGUAAACAUGGAAAAUGAACUUGUGGCUGUUUGAAUUUAGUAUUAGCCCCAAUAAACCUCCUUUAAAUAUCUACCUUCAA